GUCGCACUGUCAAAUAUACAUUGAGAAGUUUUCUUAUCAGUUUAAGAAAAAGAGGUUAUAAUUUCGCAACUACACAGAAUCUCGGAUUUGCUGUAAUUUUCUACUAAUAAAAUAAACAAACAUAAUGUAAAAUGGACAUAUAUAGGACUUGAGACAACCAACACGCAUAAACACAUUAAACGAAUCAUAAACCGGAAGAUAACCAACCGGGAUGUCUUCGUUUAGAUCGAUUCUAUUCAAAGAUAUUGGUGUCAAAAGGCUUUGGAAUGCAUGGACUCGUGGUUAUAGAUUCAGUUAUAUGGUGCGGCGCUGUCGAAGGGAGCGCACAGUGCGGGAAGUGUUUCAGUAUUUUAGGCAGACAUUUUUCAAACCACGCAGGACUCUCCUGAUGUCUGUGACAGCGGCGUACAACAGUAGAAGCGAAGAGACAACCGACUGUAACGUUGGAAUUUCCGAUGAUGAACUGGAGGGUUUACUAAGUGAUGUGGAAUCAGUUAAGGAGCUGAUCAAGGUGACUGUGCAAUGCAAGAGUUGCAGUAAACGAGUUGUUAUAGAUAAGAAGCAGACAGGCGUGCAGUACUGUGACUGUGAAGAUGGCCACCCAGCGGAGGAUUCAUCAGACGGCUGGGUACCAUUUAUGGAGGCGGAGGAUGUUAUUAUCUGGCGCAAGGAGUACAAAACUGGACAGGGUCUAUAUGCUUAUAAAGUAUACGGGCGUUAUCCCGAGGUGAGUGCGCGCGACUUCGCUGCGGUGCAACUGGACGGUGCGUACCGACGUGCGUGGGACGCCGCGGUGGCCGCACUGGCGGUAGUACAGCGACACGCGCUUGGUGUCCCGGGACAGGCUGUACUGCAUUGGGAGGUGUUGUGGCCGAGAUUAUUCGCAAACAGAGAUUACGUGUAUAUUCGACGGCAUAAGGAAUUUGAUUCGUUCGUGGAGACACAAGUGGAAAAGAGACAACUAAUGGGUGAGAGGGAGAGAGUUGAUAAUAAAGUUUACGUGAUCGUUUCUAAAUCCUGCGAACAUCCCGAUGUCCCGGAAACGAGACACGCUAUCAGAGUAAUGGAGUACUGGAGCCAUAUGGUGGUCAAAACUAUAGAAGGUGUGGAAAAGAACGGUAUGGAGUUCGUGCUGACGUACUACGACGAGCCGGCGCGCGGCGGCAUGCCGGCGGGCGUGGCGGCGUGGGCCACGGGGCGCGCGGCGCCCGGCUACCUCGCGCGCAUGCGCAGCGCCGCGCUGCACUACCGCGCCUGGGCCGCCGCCACGCCGCACCAGCGACAGGAGAUGCCAGACUUCACCCCUUUCGACCCUGAGCUGGUGGAUGAACAGCAGAAGAACGCGAGCUCGCAGAUCAGCGAACAGGAUAUGGAGUCGUCCAAAGAAGGUCCAGAAAUGGAAAAUAACGAGAACACGAGAGACCAAAGCACGCAAACGGAAGAAAUAAAUAACGGAUAUGAAAUUAAAGAAAUAGUAAAAGAAAAAUGUAUAGAUGUUACUAGUAAAGAAAAAAACAAAGAAGAUACAGAGAAAAGUAACGACGCGAAAGAAACGCUUGGGAAAAAAGAUACGACAAAGGAGACAAUAGAGAUUGAAGAAGAAAAUGGCAGUUGGUGGAGAUAUCUCUAUCCUUUUUAUUAUUUCGUAUAGAAAAUAAUAUUUGUUAUAGAAUUGUUAUAAAUUUAUAGACCGACUAAGUUAUUUGACCCGAUGGUGAGUUCAAUUAAAUUAUAGCUUACUGAGAAAAUAUUUAUUUUAAUAUGAGAUAAUCGUACUGUGAAUUUUUCAUACAUUUUAUGUGAUUCUCUUUUAUUAAGUAACUAACUUAUCAGGCUUAAGUCGCUGUUCUUCUAAAAAAUGCGAUAAAUCUACAUAGAUAUAGAAAACUAGCUGUUGCUCGCGACUUUGUCUACAAGAAAUUUAAAACUUUAGCAUAUGUUACUCAGCGAU